AUGGAAUUUCUCAAAACCUGUACUACGAAUGCGCAAGCUAUAGGAGACUUUGAGGCUGUCGCAUACCACGCCUUCUCAAUCACCCGCACCACCACCCCCACCUCCUCGAGAACGCGAGACUGGAAUGCUUCCGACGACAUACGCGCAGUCGAAGCCGACCUGCGACAGGACCUGCACCUUGUUGCGCAGGAUGCAUCGCGACCGUGGCUAUGGCUGUUCAAGCCCACGACCGUCGAUAAGAUAGAGCCGAACGUCGACCUCCCAGAGCUCGACGGCUAUCGCCUGCACAGCGAGCAGACAGGAUGCACCAAGGCCAUCGAUCUAGCGCGGCCUCCCAUGCGCCCGGGCAACCCCAACACCACCGCGGCUUCGAAUAACUCCCCAUCGGCAACAGCACCACAAAGGGGCCUGCCUGCUGGCAGUGCGAGAUCGUCACAGGGCAACAGCCAGGCCUCGGCAUCUGAUGCCCCUGCGCCGCCCGAUUGCUUCACAGUCUAUGAGCUCUUCACGUCAUCCGUCAUUGCUCUCAUCUCGUUCAACAUCGUCAAAGAUUGCAAUGUGACUGCCUUGAACUUCCGCACGUUUGUUUCCAAGGCUUACAAGCAGAUAGACGAUGAGGAUGAGAUUGAACCACCAGACUGCGUGCAUCGCAUGACAAGCAUCAAUGUACAUUGGGCCAGCUCGGGCACACUCCUCGUAUCGACUUUCACUGACCAAAAGACUGAUAUUCGUUGCGUCGGCGACGUGUCCACGCAAGCUGGAGAGCAGUCUCUUGUUGGUAGAUGUAUCCGAGUGGCUCCGAAUGGCCUGCUUGCAACAAUAACGAGUCUUGAAGAUCCGCUUGACUCCCUCGUAGAGGAGAUAGGCCUCCGUCAUAGAAAACGCACUAGACUCACCACCUUAGAGCAGAGCAUUGAGAACUGGAAGUCGAGUGUCAAGCGUUGGCUGGGCUGGAAGGGCUUCACUUUGCCUGACCUGGAGAAGAAAAGCUCUUGGGUUAGAAUACGCAUGACCUCAGUUAACAACCCUCUAGUCUCGAGCCCGGCUUUAGCAGGUCAGGAUCGAGACGUCCUCUGGCCCAGAGCACUGUGCUUCUUUCAUGCAUCAGAAGAACACGAGAUGACGUCUGCGGAGCCGGCUAGUGUGGCGGCAGCUGGCGGCCACAAUAUGCUGAGAUGGUACGACACGCCAGAAUCAAUGGGCUUCAAGGAUCCACUUGAUGCCGCACAGGAGUGGUUCCUAGGAAAGCCGGAUCGUGACAAGAUUCUUGAAGCGAGACGAAAAGCGAAGAAGGCUGAAGAGGACGCUGCCCGUCUCAAGGACGAACAACAGAACAUGAUCGCCUCAUCACCUGUAAACGCUCGUGGUGCCUAUGGGGACCUGCAUCCUGCAGGUGGUGUCUACCCCACACCUCCGGAUGGGGUUAUUCCUGGAACUGCGGUCUCCCAUAGCGACACACCGAGCGUAUCCGGCACGGUCUCCAACGUUAUCCUAGCACCCGGAGGCAGCAACCCCGCCAUCAAUCUCUCCGCUCCACAAGACGACACCAAGAUGGAAGAUCAACAAAUGCCUUUGACGUCACCCGUCGCACCUGCGCCAGACAGCUUCAAUGCAUCCGGUGGAAACGACGAUCUUUUCGGCGACGAUAUGGACGAAGAUGGAUACGGAGGGGAUCGCAUCAACGACACGGAUUUCGACUUCUUUGACGGACCGGACGAUAACGAUAUUGACAUGAUGGACGCACCUCAGCUGCCAGAUACAGGUGUAGCGCCUGCAAACACAUCACGAAAGCCCGAGUCUCAAGUCGCUGUCGAACCCAAGACCGAAGAAGACACAUCUGACCCUUUCGCUGCACUCGAAAGUGCGUUGAAUACGGCUUCUGAGCCUCCCGUGGACGUGAAGAAAGAAGACAAAGGCAAACAGCCUAUGGCCGUGGAAGAACCGCCAAACGAAAGCGCCGACCUGUUUGAGGAGAAAACUGCCGUCCCAACACCAAAAGCAAAAGUGUCAUUCUCCAAGGAGCCAACUCCACCACUAAGCCCGAGCGCUGUUUCCAAGGCACUGCAACCAUCUCCGCCGAAUAAGAAGACAUCGCAUGCUCGAGCGACUCAACCCACGGAUACCCCACAUGAUACCCACUUCAGCCCGGUGGCUUUCAGUCGCAAGAUGAGCAUGUCUGAUGCAAAGUAUCAGGAUGGACGAUUCAGCACGCAUCACUCUGUGGAACAUGGCCGUAACAGUAUCUCCAGCCCUAGUCCCGGUGCUGGGGCCACCGUCACCCAGGCAAAAAGUCUGAGAGACAUACCUCUACUUACGAAGCUUCGUAUCACUGUAGGGGCCGCGUCUACGCAUCAGAUACCAGAAAUAGCAUCUCUGGCUCGAGCAGCUAGCGAAGACUCGGAUUCUAGUGAGACGUCAGACGAAUCCGAUGAAGACUCUGGAGAAGAUGAGGAAGUGGAAGCGACGCCCACAGCUACCAUAGGCGGACUAGUCAUGCCUGCGAAGAGGAAGUUACAGAGCGAGGGCAACGCCACGCCGCUCUCGGUGACGUCGUUCGCGGACUCGAUGGGAGGCGAUUGGCAAGAUUUACACGGUCUUCAACUUGAUGAGUCAAACCUGAACAAUUUCGAGCCAAGCUUAUGGGAUUGGUCUUUGGUCCAUUUCCCGUCUCCGGUGGAACGACACUUAGCUGGCGCGCGCUACAGUCUACCUACCCUACAGACAAACCCAGCGCAAAUGCCCGACACUCCCACCUCUCAGCCUGAGAUGAGUUACGAAGUAUCAGAAGAGAAGCCUUUGAGUGCCAAGGAUAGCAUCUCAAUUACGCAGAUUGUAACAGACCAGAUUGUGUCUGCAACUCUGGAUCUGCUGGGAGAAGAUGUACCCUUCGAAAAAGAAUCUGGAAGUGAUGAGAUGGCAGAGACGCGCUGGCAGGCUGUCAUCAAAGAGCUCUUCCCAGCGGCCGAGGAUUGUGACCUACCUACACUUGCAGGCGUGCACGAGGUCUUCCAGGACUAUGCCGCCCUGGCAAAAGCGCAGCAGAGGCCACCUGCACGGAAGAGUGAUGGCCCGGCAGUUACCGGGAGCCACAUGUACCAGAUCAACGCACCCUUCUUGAGGGUACGCCGUGCGGAGACGCAUUGGGAUUUGCUUCCACCAGCAGUAGCGUUCUGGGAGCCCUUGGGAUUAUCACCCAUCAGUCCUCCCAAGAAUGUCGUUACAUUCUGUGUAUACCCUCAUAGCGAUGCUCUACGACCCUGCCUUGAGAACUUCCUGCUCAAUCUUCAGCUUGCUUACGACAGCUGCAAGCUCGGUUCACACUCUCGCGUCGAGACGGUUGUCGAGUUUGAAGGGGGUCUUGUGCCUGUGAGGGCCAGCUCGUCCAUCACACCGUCGGAGACAUUCAAGCUCCUCAGAGAGACCUGCGUCCAGCUCGGAAAGCUUCUCGCCAUACAGCAUGGGAAGAUACGGGAGCAACAAGAUUCAAAAAUCGACGCAUUCGUCAUUUACAUGAUCGAUCCUUUCGGCGGUCCGUCUGCGCUUUGGGAACUGUGCUCGGCGUUCUGGGCGCUCUUCCAAGCGUAUGGUCAAGGGACACCAGGACGUCCAGAUCAGCCCCAGAAGCCGGAUCUGGUGCUUCAGGUUAUACCGAUCAAGUACAUCGCUUCGUUCGACGCCCCCGUCAUCCUGGAUCCGGCUACUUACUUCAGUCUUGCACGAGAGGUCUACGAUCGAUGCCCACCGAGUGCACCUAAUAGCGACAAAACAUCGCUCAGCAUAUAUGCGGCACCUGCUUUCCAUCUCGAGGAGACGCUUCCACGAAACAUACCAUUCAAGCUGAUACCCGAGCCAGCGCAGGACCUGCUUCGAGAGAAUACCUAUAUGCAUCUUGCUUACGCGAUCAGUCUCGAUGGCACUUGGGUCACAGCAGCUUGGACCGACAGCUGUGGCAAGUCACAAGCCGUCGUCUCGUACCAUCUAGGUACGCGUGUGUUCAGAGAAGUCGCAAAAGAGAUAUGGCAGACGACUAUCGAGAUCUUACAGUCACGAAGAGUCAACUGGCGUGUUUGCAUUGCCAAAGCCGGAGUUCUGGAAAGAGAGGAAUUGGAGACAUGGGUCUACCUCAUCUCGUGUCCGACACAAAUCAACGUGUUCGUCACGUUGCUCACAGCAGUAGAUGCAGAUCCACCGUACAAGUUCAUACCCACCAUGGCUGCUCCAAGCACAACCACUGGCGGCGGUGCAAGCCCUCCAGACUCCACCUCCCAAGCUGGCGUCUCCCCCUCCGAUCCAGGACCAGGUCUGACACCCGCUGCAACACCCUCCGCGGACCCUUCUGCUACCGACCCAACAGCAGACCCAGAAGCCCGCCUAGUCGACGUGACAGACGAAACCUGGGGUGUAAUCCUCGCCCACCGCCUCCACAACACCCACUCGACAACGCAAUUCAGCCCCGCCCUCAUCUCGGGCCUCCUCGUCAAACGCGGCGAAACCCACCAAACAACCAACAGCAUCUCGCACCCCAUCCCCGACCCAGAACCCGGUCCCAUCGUCAUAGCCGUAAACUUCCUCUGGAUCGGCGCCGUAGGCUCUACCCGCGCUGCCUCCUCUCCCUUCCCACCCUCUUCCAGCACUAGCACCAGCAGUGGUAGUAGUUCCGCCUCUUCCGACCUCCCCAGUCCAGGUGGCGCUGGUGCUGGCCUGCCUAAUCCUUACGCUAGUAAUCCGGGUACGCCGCAGAGUCCGGGGCCGGGGCAGGAUCCUGCGCAGAGGAGUACGACGAGUCUUAUGUGGACGCCUACGCCGCAGACGAGGACGACGGCUGAGGGGCUUUUGAAGGAGGUGCUGGGGCAGUUUAGGGCGUUGGGUGUUUUGGCGAAGUUGAGGGGGAUGAGGGGGACGAGGAAUGGGACGGUGCCUUGGCAUGUUGUUGCUGCUAAGAGGGGGGUUGAGGGGUUGAGUCGGAUUGGUGGGGCGGUUUAG